UAUUCUGCACUGCAACCGCCAAUAAAUCAGUGAAUUACAGAGGCUCAACAAAGAUGGUCGGUGCGCUCUAAUUUACAUAUAUUUUACGGAAGACGUGAUGCGAAUCUACAAAGAAACACUAGAUUUUAUAAAAUACGGCGUGAUAAAUCGGCCUGCUCUCGAGGGAAGACGGCGUGUAUCGCCGGAGGGGGCAUUGAGCAAACGGCUCAGUCUGUUACCGCCGUUACUGAACGAACCACGCGGGCCACGAGCCAGCUUCGCGCUUCGAAUUUUAAAAAAAGAAUCUAACGUGUACGUGAUGCCCGUGAUUUUUGCACUCAUCUAAAAGUUCCAGGUGUUAAGAGUGACAGAAUGCGGGUUAUUAUAUACGUGCUCGUUGCCGGUGUUUGCGUUAGCGCACAGAGUAAUCAGAUCAGGCGCACGAAGCUUCCGUACGUAGCUGACGCGGUUGGAAAUAGUCUACCUCCUCCAUCGAGUGGUCCAGCGACCGUCGGGAGCCCCGUGAACUUAUUAACCCCAGAUAAAUAUGAGUUUUAUACUUUUGAUGAAUCUGGUGAACUGGUUAAAAGAUUAAUGACUUUAGAAGAAAUACAAGCAAUAGUAGCAGCAGGUGAAGAAACAGACGGUCUGGUUACUUUCGCUAAUGAUAAUUUACCGACAUUAACAUUUAACUUUAGUCAACCUUCACAAACUAAAGUACACAAUGUUGUUGCUAACGUUCAAAAUGUUCUUAAAGCACAAAUGGAAGCUCAUAAAAAUAAACCUUAUAUCCAACCAACGUUAGAUACACCAGACGUGUCAGAUUCUUGGAGUUUGAUACUGCCAUCAAUAUUUGGUAAUACUGGAAUGGACAUAGUCCCAGAUAAAUUAUCGGAUUCCUUUAUCACGCCAGAAACCGAAACAAUGGAUAUUAAUAGUUUCAAUAAGGAAGGUGUGAACUCACAAAGUAAAGAAAGCAACGACAUACCAAUACAUCCAAAUUCAGAGACGAAUAAAAAUACUGGUAUAUUUGAAAGUACAACCGAAAUACCUUCAACUACAAACAAAUCUUUAGAACCAACUACAUCACCGAUUACAACAACAACAACAACAACAACAACAACAACAACACAAAAACCUAUUUCAACCACAAGACAGGAAAUCUUAACUACGACUCAAAAGCUGUCCUCAACUACUGUAAGGCCGACUACAACUAGAAAAAUUGACUUGGAAGCAAAACCGAUGUAUAAACCUAAAGAAAAUUCAACAGAUUCUACAAAUAUUUCCAAUUCCACUGAGGAAUACAAAAUUACGUCAACAAAACAACCAUUUACUGCCAUAUCUAGUGAAGGUACGCCUCCCAAACAAGUACCUACAACACUAAGCCUAGGCGAUAAUUUUAAUAAAUCGGCUAUUAAAAAAUCUAAUAUUACCAAAACAAGUACCAAUACUGUUGCAGACAUAAAGCAAUCUCACGAAGAAGGGAAUUAUAUUCCUGUUUCUACAGUGUCAUAUAUAACGGAAAGUUCUACUAAAAGAAUUAUAUUGAAUAAUAAGUAUCCCAUGUCUUCUAAUGAAAAUUCUUUACAAAUUAAAAAAACUACAGUCACCAGCACAAACAAACCUAUUGUAGACAAAGACAACGAAUUUGAAAAACAAAAUGCAACCACUAUGACUACUCAAUCUAUUUCUCCUUCAACUUCUAUAUCUUCUAUAGAAUUUUCUUCAACGUUGAAACAAGAAUCGCCAAGCAAUUAUGAACAAAAAAUUCCGACACCUUUUAUUGAUACUCAAAAUGAUAAUUCAGACUCUGCCAUACCUUUGUUUGAUGUUGCACAAAGCUUAAGUCAAAUAGCUUCAGAUUUAAGUGGAAAUUUUUCCCCCGUUCCAACAUCCACAAAUUUAUUAGAAACAACUAAAAUUAACAAUAUAGAUAUCGAGAGUAAGGAAAAUUUAGAAAUAGAUAUACCAACGGAAUCAAGCAUCGAACUUGACGUCAAAGCAAAUAAAACUGAAGAAGAAGAUAAGUUUGUAAAAAUUUCUACUUUUGAACCUGCUGGGAAUGGCGUGAAUGUUAAAGAUGAAGUUCUGAAUUCAUCCCAUAACUUAGACGGUUCAUUAGAGCUUAAACCAUCGAUGACGUCAUCUCCUCCAUUGACUAACAUGGACACUCUUUUAUCAGAAUCGAUGGAUAAUCUUCUUUCUCAAGUCGCUAACGAAGAUCCCGAUUCUACGACUGUUGUGUCAUCUGAAAAUAACAAUGAAACUAAUGAUAUAAUUACUACAACAUCUCUUGAUUUGACUACAGUUAACACUUUUAAUCUAGAAACGACGACAGAAAAUUAUCAGACAGAGACAACAACGACUUUGCCAAUAACCAGCAAUGAUAUUAUAAUGGAGAAGAAUAAUGAUAAUGACAAAAUAAAUAAAAAAGAUACUAUUUCAGAUCCAUUUUUACUAUUAAAUAAAACGUUACAAACUAAGACAAACAGUGUUCUUGCAUCUGAAUCUGUAACUACUGACACUAUAUCUACUCCCAAAGAUAAUGUUCAAGUGACCACUAGAGCUCCCAUUAAUCAUUUACAACAAGAAACUUUAACAAUGACCAAUGAUAACCAACAAACUAUUAGUACAAUUAAAAUUACUAGUUCUGUAAACGAUAUUAACACAACUAACGUACCACAUACGAUGCAAGAAUCAAAUAAAAGCAGCAAUAUAAACAAACAACAAAAAAUAUCCGAGGGUUUACCUAAAAUCGACGAUUUUAAGAAAAAGAUUCAAAAGGUCAAUAUUGACGACAAAGAGUUUUCUAAUGAGAGAAACAGUUCCUGGAAACUGGUACCUACAGUCGUUAAAUUAAGUGAACUUGCAAAGGACAAACAAAAUGUCGAGGGAUUUUACACUCCCGAUAAUGACAAAGAUAUAAUUUUGGAAUUUCCAAAGGAAAAUCAAGGUUUAGAAGUGACCACGAAAGAUUUACGUGACGACAUAAUGGAAUUCACGGAGCUUUGUAAUGAAUUGGCAUUUAAAUACUGGAAUAUCAUGACGGAAAAGAUAGAUAAGAAACGUAGUAUGGUAUUCUCACCAUAUUCUAUAACUUCUAUGGCGGCCAUGAUGUUCAUGGGAGCCAAAGGUUCUACAUCAGGGGAAAUGAAUGAAGUGCUGAGACUUGAUGACAUGGUUACAUUCAAUCCUCACUUCACAUUGAAGAACAUCUCCGAUUCCAUAGACACAACACCCGCUUCGGGCGUCGCUGUAUCAGUGUUCAUAAGAGAACUGUACAGUGAAAGAAAUAAGGGUAAAUUUUUAACCUUCUAUAAAGAGAGAGCUCAACAUUUCUACAACGGACAUGUGGAGGAAGUAAACUUUAAAUUGAUUAGCGAUAUAAUACGACGAAGAACUAAUUUACUCGUGAAAAGAUAUUCCUGGGGUAAAAUUUCAGAAUAUAUGAAAAGUAACAGCAUUAUUAUGAACCCACCUCUAGCGGCUUUUGCAGCCAACAUAUUUUACACCGAUUGCAACGGAUCGUCCGUUGAAGGAAGGGAUGGCGAGAUGUAUUUCGUUGUAUCACCUAGUGUGAGACAGCGUCGCCUGGUGCCUGUACCAGCCGUGGUCUACCGUGGUAACUUCCUCGCUGGUUACGACCCCGUCCUCGAUGCGACAGCAGCAGCUUUAGGUAACACGAAAUCUAUAAUCAGCACUCUCUUCCUCAUGCCGGGCCAGCAAGGGAACGUCGUUCAAGCUGAUGAUUUGGAGAAUCUUGAGAAGAGAUUAUUGAAAUCUGAUCCUAUCACACCAGCGUGGAACAGAUUAUUGCGUACCCUACUUCCUAGGUUUGGCUUGGAAUUGCAAAUACCUAGAUACAUGCACAAAUCCGUGUUCAACGUUUCAUCGACAUUGCAACGCAUGGGAUUAAAGGAUUUGUUUAGUGAGGAACACGCUGACCUGGGUGGUUUGAACGGUCCGUCGAAGGACCUUUAUCUCACUGAUAUGAUUCAACAAAGCUCAUUCGCUACCUGCGGGGAAGGUCUCAUUGGUGAGCAGCAUCAUAUUGAGGAAUAUCCUGAUACGAUCGAAGUGAGAUCGAAACGUAGGACGUCUAGAUGGAACACAGGCUGGGCUGAGCCUAGAGAUUACCAACGAGCUUUCCACGAUCCCCAUGACGCUGGUGAAGCGAUGUACUUACCCCUGCAUUUACGACCGAGGCAGGCCAGACUCCCCACCAGGAGUUCCCAACCAGCUAGAUUAAAAUUCGAUAGGCCUUUCCUAUACUUCGUCAGACAUAACCCAUCUGGAAUGAUUCUUUAUGUGGGCCGUUACAAUCCCAGGCUCUUACCUUAAAGGCCAUAAAAGACUGUUAGUUUAGCUAAAACUUUAUUUCUCUAAGGCAGUGUUGGCAUACUGGCGAGUGUAAUAUAAAAUGUACGUAUAUGAGAAUAAUCAUUGAUUCCAGAUAAGCGAUACUGUAUUAGUAUUUUACGUGUUGGUGUGAAGGUAUCUUAAUGUAGAGGAUAGAUAUACAUUGUACCUCCAGACUAAAACAAAAUGAAAUGUUUGUAGUUAUGUAGCUAUAUAUCAUGUAAUAAUAAUUAUGUGCUUUGUAAUUUAGCCCAUUUUAAUAACUCAUUCCAUUUCAUUGUCAUCUUUAAUAAUGCGAUAAGAAUAAAUUAGAUUAUAAAUAA